AUGGCGCCUUCGCGAGUGUCGCCCGACCCCACCUCUUCAGAGACGCCCGUCGGUCUCACGCCGAAGCAGAUCGCUUCCUUUCAUAGGGACGGCUAUCUGAUCAUCCCUUCAUACCUCGACCCGGAAACAUGCCAAAAUCUACUCUCAAAAACGCACGAGCUCCUCCGAGACUUCCCGCUGGUCGACCAUCCCAUGACUAGGUUUACGACGGGUAAGGAUGAGGAUGAGGAUGGGGACUCGACGUCAGCAAAGCACGUGGGUGACGACUACUUUCUGACCUCGGGCGACAAGGUGCGGUUCUUCUUCGAGGAGGAUGCGUUCGACGAGGAGACUGGGCAACUGAACAGACCGAAGGAGCGGGCGAUCAACAAGAUCGGGCACAAUCUGCACGGGCUGGUCCCGGAGUUUGGCAACAUUUCACACGCCGGAGAGAUUGGACGGCGUAAUGCGGCGAUUGCACGAGAUAUCGGGUACAAAGAUCCACGACUGCUGCAAAGCAUGGUGAUCUGUAAGCAGCCGGAAAUCGGGGCGGUAGUGCGGCCGCACCAGGACAGCACAUUUCUAUACACGAACAGGCCGUCAGCAGUGGGCUUCUGGAUUGCACUUGAGGAUGCGACAGUGGAGAAUGGCUGUCUGAGCUUCGCGCCGGGCAGCCAUCGAAGGGCGCCCAUCAAAGAACGAUUCGUACGGAAAGUCGAUGGACAGGGCACGACGUUUGAGAGUAUCCCCGAGGAGGACGAACGAUGGCCACGGGACUUUGAGCACGAGGAAGUCAGCCUGGAAACGCGCAAGAAGGAGGAUUACGCAUUAGGCGAGGUGAAAGCGGGUAGCUUGGUCUUGAUCCAUGGCAACAUCUUGCACAAGAGCGAGCGGAACACGAGCCAGAAAACUCGAAUCAUCUACACAUUCCAUCUGAUUGAGGGCGAGGAGCAUUACGACGAGAAGAACUGGUUACAAAUGCCCGGUGGCCCGGAGCAGUUCACCAAGCUGGAUGGGAAGGCGUAG